UACUUGUAAAUCAAUUCAUAUUAAAUAUAUCAAACGCUAAAUAUAACUCUAAAUACUAAAACUUUCCAUAUAAUAUUUGUAUACUCUAACAUACACAAAUACAUUCAUAUUCAUUGAUAAUGGGUUUGUGUGGCUUUUUAUUGUUUACUUGUCUAUGUAUAACAAUGUAUUCAACAAUUGUUUCAAGUAGAAAUACUACUCAAGUUUCUUUCUCAAAUGAACUACUUUCAUUGCUCAAGUUCAUGUCUAGUAUAACUUCAGACCCUGAGAAUGCUUUAGAAAGUUGGAAAUCAUCAAAACAAGUAUGUAACUGGACCGGAAUAGGGUGCAGCCACAAGUUGAAUCGCGUGGUGCAGUUAGACCUUAGCGGAAAAUCACUUCGAGGGACGAUAUCUUCUGUUAUUUCUGAUCUUUCAUUCUUAUCGGUUUUGGAUUUAUCAGGCAAUUACUUUAGUGGUCGAAUACCACCACAAAUAGGCCAACUUGGUAGGCUUACGCAACUUAGUCUGGCUUCUAAUCUUCUUGUAGGUGAAAUUCCGGCGGAGUUAGGAAACCUCACAGAGUUGGUUUAUCUCAAUCUAGGAAGUAACCGGAUUGUGGGGGAGAUUCCAGUAUCACUUUUAUGCAAUGGCUCAUCGUCUACACUAGAGUAUAUCGAUCUUUCAAAUAAUUCUCUUGGUGGUAAGAUACCAUUGUUAGAUCAUUGUGAGCUUAAUGAGCUUAAAUUUCUUCUACUUUGGUCCAACAAGUUGGUGGGUCGGAUUCCUCAAGCUCUUCCCAAGUCAUCUAAACUUCAAUGGCUUGAUUUGGAAUCCAAUUCUCUAACCGGAGAAUUACCCUUGGAAAUGGUACGCAAAAUGCUAGAGUUACAAUUCUUAUAUUUGUCGUAUAAUGGCUUCAUUAGUCAUAAUCUUGAACCCUUUUUCCUUUCUCUUCUGAAUUCUUCUAAUCUUCAAGAGCUCGAGUUGGCUGGAAAUCAUCUUGGUGGAGAAAUACCAACAGUUAUCGGAAAUCUUUCAUCCAAUCUCUUACAACUUCACUUGGGAGAGAACCACAUUUUUGGUUCCAUUCCACCUAGUAUUUCAAAUCUUGUUAACUUAACCCUCUUAAACUUGUCAAGUAAUUUCUUGAAUGGAUCGAUACCUAUUGAAUUAUGCCAAAUGAAGAAGCUUGAGAAGGUUUUCUUGUCUAAUAACUCACUUACUGGAGAAAUUCCAGCUGAUUCCGGCGACGUUCCUCACUUGGGUCUUCUUGAUUUAUCAAUGAACAAGCUUUCCGGUUCAAUUCCUGUUACAUUAUCUAAUCUCAUUCAGUUAAGAAGGCUUUUGCUUUACGAAAAUCAGUUAUCAGGAACUUUACCGUCAAGUUUAGGUGAAUGUAUAAACUUAGAAAUCUUAGAUCUUUCUCGCAACCAAAUAUCGGGUUCGAUCCCUAAUAAGCUUGCAGGAUUGAGAAGUUUGAAAUUGUACUUGAAUUUUUCUAGCAAUUUCUUACGCGGGUCUAUACCUUUGGAACUAAGUAAAAUGGAUAUGGUGUUAGCAAUUGAUCUUUCUUCAAACAAAUUAACUGGUGAAAUCCCAGCGCAACUCGGAAGCUGCAUUGCGUUAGAAUCUCUCAAUGUAUCAUCCAAUUUUCUUCAAAGUCCUCUUCCAAUUCAACUCGGAAACUUGCCUUAUCUUCAACAACUUGAUGUAUCGUCAAACAUUUUGUUUGGUGAGCUACCACAUUUCCUAGAAGAAUCUUCAACUCUCAAGAAACUGAAUUUAUCAUUCAACAACUUUUCGGGGAUCGUUCCUCAUGACAAAGGUGUAUUUAGUUGGUUAACUUCAGAGUCUCUUCUCGGAAAUCCUAAACUCUGUGGGUCAAUAUCUGGUAUUCCAACAUGUAAAAAGAAACCAUUUCGUAAGUCAUCAAUAAUUCUGCCACUAGUCAUCAUACUAUCUGCCGCUCCAAUAAUAUGUCUUUUUGGGUUUGUCAAAUCAAGAGCCAGAACAAGGUCGUCAGUGGUUUCCGGUUGCGGCAGUGUUUUAAGCGAAGACGUAGGAAACAAAUCACCUAACUACCGAAAAAUUUCAUACCUUCAACUGGUAGAGGCUACUGAUGGCUUCAAUCAAUCAAACCUAAUUGGAUCAGGAAGGUUUGGACAUGUUUACAAAGGAAUUCUUCAAAGUGACAAUAUGAAAAUUGCAGUGAAAGUCUUAGAUCCUAAGAUUGGUGGCGAGAUUUCAAGGAGUUUCAAGAGAGAGUGUCAAGUUCUUAAACGAACUAGGCAUCGAAACCUGGUUAGAAUAAUAACAACUUGUAGUAAGCCAGAUUUCAACGCACUGGUAUUUCCGCUGAUGUCAAAAGGAAGCUUGGAAUGUCAUUUAUAUCCGGAAAGCGCGGACGGCAAUCAUAACGACAGAUGCAGUUUGAGUUUAAUGCAGUUGCUGAACAUAUGCAGUGAUGUAGCUGAAGGAGUUGCUUACUUGCAUCAUGAUUCACCAGUUCAGGUUAUCCACUGCGAUCUUAAACCAAGUAAUAUACUUCUCGAUGAUGAUAUGACGGCUUUGAUAACGGAUUUUGGUAUAUCAAGGUUGAUAAAAGAUGGUGGUGGUGAUGGCAGUGAAAAUAAGAUUGCACUUGUUGAUAUGUCGAUGCCUUCUUUUGAUUCUACUACCGGAUUGUUAUGUGGGUCUGUCGGAUACAUUGCUCCUGAGUAUGGUUUGGGAAGAAACGUAUCAACCAAAGGAGAUGUCUACAGUUUUGGAGUCUUGCUGCUAGAGAUCUUAACUGGGAAACGACCAACAGACGUUCUAUUCCAUCAAGGUUCAACCUUGCAUGACUGGGUGAAACGCCAUUACCCAUAUAACUUAGAAAGCAUUAUUAAACAAUCGUUGCUAACGACUCCAUCAAUAAUCGUCCAGAAUUCUAUAAAAGUACGACGAGAUGUUAUAUUCGAGAUGGUCGAGAUCGGGAUAAUGUGCACACAACAUUCUCCCUCGAUGAGACCAAGCAUGACUAAUAUUGCACAGGAGAUGACUUGGAUGAAAGAAUAUCUUACUCAUCUUAUUACUGAAGAAGAGGAAGAAAUAGAAAAGUCUACCAGGAUUCAUGAAACAAGAGUCAAUGUUGAUUGAUUCUUAUAUCUAAAAUGAUUGCUACACCGAGCAAUUUGUACCGAGCUGGUACCGUGUGGGAGGGGGUGGGGCCCGCUCCUGCCCCACUCUCCCAUCCCAAUGUUGAGAGGCAUGCUAAGACCGUCCGAUCUUCUCUCGGUGUCCAUCUCGAUACUACUGCUCGGUGCAUGUAUCAAAACCCUUCUUUUAUCCAAUUGGUCUUUUUUAUUAUCCUUUUCUUUGUGAGAAAAAUCAAACCAAACAAAAAUGCGCAAUUAGUGGAGAUCAAUUGUAGAUAACUUAAUUUUCCUGUAUUUAGAUUGCUGGCACUGGCGGUAACAUGUAGGGCUACAUAAAUGCACCCAACCAACUACCAAAAGGUGUGUGAUGAAGCAUCUU